UUCCGAUGUCGUCGCCGGCUUACCGGUUUUACGACCCAGUGAAGUUUAUUGUUGAUGAAUGUUUUUUCCGUAGCGCUUCGUGGAUCGCUUAUAAUCCGCGCCAUGAGGCUUUUGCAUUUCUCCAAACACCAUACACCCUCGCGUCUAAGAACACAAUAAUAUGCGAGGAAUACAACAGUUAAACGAGGAUGUUAUUUUCCUUGUGCUGGAAACAAUCAGGGCUUCCAUUUCAAAAGAUCUAUUUCUGAAAGAUAUGCGCUCUUUGUCACUUACGUCCCGUUUCCUCCGAAGCAUCUGUCUUCCUAUCAUCUUUCGCAACUUCCGGAGAACUUGGGACAUGGGUGUUCGGAAACACAAAGAAAUUUUGCCUUCGACGUUGUGUCAACAUGUAACCGUGUUCGAGCUCGAUGUCAGCGCCACUGGGGAUAUUCUUGUAGAUGAGCCAACAGUUUUAUCCGAGCGACUCGUCGCUGUCUUCUCCAAUAUGGCAAGGUUACAAACAUUCCGGUUGAUGAAUUCUGCGGAAUGUGGUCCUUGGCCAGCGUUAUUGAAAGCAAUAUUUACCACACCAACCUUGACUACCUGCGAGAUAUUGGACUCACCGUGGAGACGACCAGAAGAAAAAUUUAGUCGUCUGAUGCUUGAUCUUCCGCGGGAGUCAUUUCGACUGCGAAAAUUUGUGUAUCGGGUCCCGUUCACAGACUGUUUUCCUCGUGAGUCCGAAUCAUAUGGACGCCGCGACAAAGUGCAAGGAUUAGUAGAACUUUCGAAUCUCUCGGUCAUAGUGUCCCUAGUUUGCGAUUCAGUGGAGGCUUUGGAAAUUCCAGCCGAACUUGCUUUACAUCUGGCUGAUUUACCAUACCCGAAACUAUCGGAGCUUACAUUUCGAGGACACGAACCGCUGCAUACAACUGACUGGAGUAUGAUGUUUCACCGUGCCCCCCGGCUGCGAGACGUUCAUAUCCAAACGCCUGCAUAUUUCACCGAUAGGUUGAUCUCCCCUAUUAUUUCAACCUGCAGCAUUCCUCAUGAUGAUCCUGUCAUGCGGGGGAUGUCCAACCUGCAGUCAUUGACUAUAUCUAACCCCUUCGGCAAAAAUUUGUUCUUUCAGGUCUUGACUUACGCUAAUCUUCGGACAUUGAGUUUGAAAGCGUUCCCACUUCCAGAUAUCAUUGGCGCUCGAUGGUCGAACGUCCAUUCCAGGGUACUGACAGGUAGUGAAGUCCUAUAUAUCCUGAACGCUGUACAGAUAGUCAACUUAUCGACGUUUGAACUAUCUUACUGGGUGGAUGCUUCCGACGUCUCUCUACUCUCCCGCAUCCACAUCUCUUUCCCAAAACUAUCCACGUUAGAAAUACAUCGCUUUCGACCACUGGCAAAAGAAAAUUCGGAAAAUGAUCCUUUGGUCAGUGUUUACAGCUUUCAUCUUUCGUAAAGUAAUAUCUGACCACUUUUAUGUAGACAUCCAUGCCAAAUACUUUGGCAAGGGCGGUGAACCUGAAGCACUUGAUGAUGAACCUUGAUUUUCCCGAACGUCCAAGACAUAUUGACUGGCGUCAUGAUGAUUCGGAAAGAAGCAGAACGUUCUAUUCGUUUCUAGAGAAAGAGAUAGUGUCGACUUUUGCGCAUGCUGUCCCUUCUCUGAAAACACUAGGAAUUCUUUCACAUCAUUCAUUCUCUAGCUGUUGGGAUAUCUGGGAAGUCACGAAAACGCGGG